AUGUCUCCCAGUAAAGUGGCCGGGAAAUCCUCCUACAAGAUAGCAUCUAUCCCCGCAGACGGUAUUGGUCCAGAGGUUAUUUCAGCAGGUAUCAACGUCCUUCAAAAACUGGCAGCCACUUUGAAGACGUUUGACAUCGAUUUUGAGCAUUUUGAUUGGGACAGCGCCUACUACAAGAAACAUGGAAGAUAUAUCCCUGACGGAGGUUUAGAAAAGCUAAAGGCUUUCGACGCAAUUCUAUUCGGAGCUGUGGGAGCGCCAGAUGUGCCUGAUCAUAUUUCUCUUUGGGGACUGCGCCUGGCCAUCUGCCAACCACUGCAGCAGUUCGCAAACGUGCGUCCGACCAAAGUCUUUCGAGGCACGCAAUCACCACUCCGAAAGUGCUCAACUGGCGACCUGGACUGGGUCAUUGUAAGAGAAAACUCCGAAGGCGAAUACGCCGGCCAAGGUGGGCGCAGCCAUGUCGGAAAACCGUGGGAAGUCUCUACCGAAACCGCCAUUUUCACACGCCAUGGAGUGGAGCGUAUUAUGAAAUUCGCCUUUGAGACUGCGCAAAGCCGGCCGAGAAAGCUUUUGACUGUGGUCACCAAGAGCAAUGCUCAGCGAAACGGACUGGUCAUGUGGGACGAAGUGGCUGCGGAGGUGGCCAAGGGAUUCCCCGAUGUGACCGUCGACAAGAUGCUGGUUGAUGCCAUGACUACGAGAAUGGUUCUCAAGCCUGAGACACUGGACACGAUCGUGGCCACCAACUUGCACGCCGACAUCCUCUCUGACCUCGCUGCUGCGCUUGCCGGGUCCAUUGGAAUUGCACCGACGAGUAAUCUUGACCCGACAAGGGAGAAUCCAUCCAUGUUUGAGCCCAUCCAUGGCUCGGCGUUUGACAUCACCGGCAAGGGAGUUGCAAACCCUGUCGCGACUUUCUGGACUGCAUCUGAAAUGCUCGCAUGGCUCGGUGAAAAGGAAGCUGCUAAACAGCUUUUGGACUGCGUCGAAGCAGUGUGUGAAAAGGGAAUCGUCACUUCGGAUCUUGGAGGCAAGGCCACCACAGUUGAGAUCACAGACAAAAUGUCGCAAAAUCCAGGCUCCAAAAAGCGCCGCCGUGAGGCAUACAACAUUGACGUCAAGCUGGUCGAAAUUUACGAAGAUCUCGCCAACGAGAAAGAGGAUAUUCGACUGAAAGCUGCCCACAAGCUGGUGUCGCGCUUCACUCCAGAGGCGAACCCCACCGCAGAGGAAGUGCAAAAGACCUUGCAGAGACUUUUUCGAGGUCUUUCCAGCGGCAGAAAAGCUGCUCGUGUCGGCUUCUCAAUUGCCUUGACCGAAGUGCUGUCGCAAGUGUUUUCGCCGAGCAAGUCAGAGGCGCUUGCUGAAUUGAGUGUCACCAAAAUCAUUGAUAUCUGGGAGUUUUCAACCAGAGUCGGAGGUGAAAGAGGACAGGAAAAUAGAGACCAUCACUUCGGCAGGCUCUUUGGAGCAGAGGCAAUCAUCAAGUCGUCUAUACUGUUCCAGGACUCUGAAUUUGAGCAGUGGUCGAGAGUUUUGAGCCUGAUAUUUGACCUGGGAAAGAAGAAGCCGUGGCUCCGAGAAGAGUGUGGUUGGAUUCUAUACCGGGCAAUCUACGAACUGGCAUCUCAAAAAAUCAACGCCAAAUACGCCGAAAGCAUUGUGGAAGGAAUAUGUUCCAAUGAACUAGCCAAAACUCCCGAGGGAGUGGCCGUCUGGCUUGCAGUGAAGGACUUGGUACCGACUGCGACUCUCCCGUCAAAUGUGUGGAAGUACAACGAUCCCCUGGACCGACACGAUAGGAAGACACUUUCAAAGGUCAUGAAGGAAUCAUCUGCAGCAGAUGAAACGGCAGAGACCGAAGGAUUGGCCAAAAACUCAUCGGGUGUCUGGAAUUCGAAACUUCACUUUGCAUGGGAUGCGGUUCUAGCGAGGCUCUACGAGUCAGAGACUACCGACAAAAAAUCCAAAGCGCCGCGUCUUAAUUUCAGUGAAUUUUGGGUUGAGGUUGUAGACAAUGGACUUUUCGCAGCUGCGUCUUCGGAUGAACGCAAGUAUUGGGGAUUCCUCGUUUUCAUGAAAACCUUGAACGAAGCCCCAAGUCCGUUUGCAGGCCAAAUAUUCACCAAAAACCUUGUCAGAUGUCUUAUGAACCAGAUGGCCGACAAAGAAAGAUAUCUAAACCGCAUGGCUGUCAAAGCCGCCAAAACAAUCCAAACCCGAGUAACCAAGGAACCAGAGUUUGCUGCAGCCGCCGGAGAGGGACUGAUGGGCUCCUCUGGAUCUGUCAGUUUUGAUCAACUGACCAAAUCCAACACGGUCGAGAAAAUCGUCGUCGAGGCUGGCCCUGCAGCCCUGAAAUCCAUCGUUGAUCUCUUGGCCGGUUUCAUCACGGUUCCGGGCACCGAGGAGACCAACGCCGCAGCUUCAAUCCGAAACUACAUUUCUCGCUUGUUCGUAUCAACAGUCAAAUCCCGCAGCUCUACCGGAGGAGACUUCCAGCCUCUAUUGGAGGAAAUGCUAUUUGUUCUUGUACGAUUUGCCUAUUUUGCCGAUGAGACAGCAAAGCCACCGCUAUCUCCAGCGAGCCAAGAGCUGUUUCGGAAUAAGAUCAUCCUCUGUCUGAACAGUCUUGUCAGCAGUAACAAAGACCCUGCCGGUGUGGCAUAUGCGGUGGUACGACAGAUUCGCAAUUUGCAAAAAACCAAUGAGCAUGGCAAAUUCAUUAUCGAUAUGGACGAGACCAUCUCAGAGUCCGUGGAUGCUGCCUUUAAAUCUUUGAAGAAACUCUCGAGCAAGGUUAAGCAUGACGAAGACCAAAAAGACCCCAGCAUCCAAGCUUUCCGACUACUGUACUCUCUGACAAUCCUCGAGGUAUACAACGGCGACGCAGACGCAGUGUCGAUGCUUGAUGAGCUGGCAUUCUGCUAUACCAAAUUCUGGGGGGAUAAGAAAUCCAAAAAGGAGGACAGGUCGGAUGCAUCAGAUGCAUUGGUGGAAAUCCUGUUGAGCUUUGCGUCCAAGCCGUCUCAGCUGUUUCGGCGCAUGAGCGAGCAAGUCUUUGGUGUCUUUGCGGAGCAGAUUACGGCCGAUGGACUACAGUCAUUGAUAUCGGUUCUCGAAGUCAAGGAAAAUCUUGCUGGCCAGCAAGAAAUGUUUGACAAACAGGACGACGACGAUGAGGAGAUGCCCGACGCUGAUGAAGACUCGGAUGAUGAUUCCGAUGCCGAUUCCGUAGAAGUCAUUGACGCAGACGAGGCCGAAAACGAUGAGUCUGAAGAAGACGAAGGUGAAGACGAAGAAGAACUUGCCGCUUUCGACGCCAAACUGGCCGAAGCCCUUCGUACCAACGGGGACAACCAAGACAUCGACUCGGACGCCGACAUGAACGAUGACGAAAUGGAGGAAGUUGACGAAAUGCUUGUCAAAGUCUUCAAGGCGCGCAGGCAAGCCACCACAAAAAAGAAAGAUAAAAAGGAUGCCAAGGAAACCAUGAUCAACUUCAAAAACCGCGUUUUGGACCUGCUUCAGGUGUAUAUCAAGAAAUGCUACUCGAGCAUGCUUGCCCUGGAUCUGAUUCUGCCACUUUUGCAACUGACUCGCCGAUCGACUGUGGACCAGAUUUCGCAAAAGGCAGGCAAUGUUCUUGCCGAGUACACCAGUCUUUGCAAAAGAAAUGCCAUCCCAACUCUUAGCAAGAGUGAUGACGGCGACGAAGAGCACGAUCCUGUGGAAGCAGUGUGGGAAUUACUCCGCAGCGUGCACAAGGAGGCCACCAUUCAGCAUCGGCAAAAGCAUUCAGCGUCGGUCAGCCAAGCCAGUCUUCUUCUUGUCAGGGUUCUUGUGGCACAGGACCGACAGAAUAUUGCCCAGGUAAUCGACAUUUAUGCCGAGACUCAAAAGACGCAAAUGUUGAGCAAGAAUGGCCAUUUCAAGUCGGGCUUCUUUGCAGAUUGGAAUGCCUGGUGUGUGAAUUUUGGCAAGAAUUCCAAACGUUGA